AUGAGUGGAGUUUAUACAACAUCUGCGGAAGAUGUAAAAAAACGGCUCAGACCGUUUGGAAUCUUCUUCGAAAAAUCGUUAAAGGAUCUAAUAAAGGGUAUACGUUCCAACAACGAAACACCAGAACAGCUUCAAGAAUUUUUGAACCAUGAAAUUGUAGAAUGCCGUGAAGAAGUUAAGUCGCCAGAUUUCAACAUCAAGUCGAAUGCAGUUUUAAAACUAACAUACCUUGAAAUGUACGGAUUUGAUAUGUCAUGGGCAAACUUCCAUAUUUUAGAGGUUAUGAGCAGCAACAAAUUCCAACAAAAACGUGUUGGAUACUUAGCAGCAUCUCAAAGCUUCUAUAAAGAUACAGACAUUCUAAUGCUUGCAACUAAUCUUUUGAAGAAGGAUUUGAAAUACGACUUGAGUAAUGAAACAGUAAAAAUGGGAGUUGCUUUAAGCGGCCUUUCGAUGAUUGUCACACCUGACUUAGCUAGAGAUAUCUGUGACGAUUUGUUUCUCAUGUUGAACAGUGGGAAACCUUAUAUUAGAAAGAAAGCGAUAGCUGCAUUAUUCAAAGUGUUCCUUCAAUACCCAGAGUCUUUAAGGGAUGGGUUGGAGAAGUUCAUUUCACGUUUGGAGGAUGAGGACACUUCUGUUGUUUCAGCAACUGUCAGUGUCAUAUGUGAAUUGGCGAAGCAUAAUCCAUAUCCUUUCAUUCAAUUUUCACCGUUAUUUUAUGAACUUCUUAUCCAAAUCGAUAACAAUUGGAUCAUAAUUAGGCUCUUGAAGCUUUUCACCAACUUGUCCAAGGUUGAACCUAAACUUCGUUAUAAGAUUUUACCUAAAGUGUUAGAAUUGAUGGAAAAAACCACCGCGAUAUCAGUGAUAUACGAAUCGAUAAAUUGCAUAGUUAAAGGACAGAUGUUAGAAGCUGAUGAUUAUGAUACAGCAGAAAGGUGUAUGAAGCACUUGGAUCCAUCCAUCUUGUGUUCAGACCCAAAUCUCAGGUAUAUCAGCUGUGUGUUAUUUUAUCACAUUGGUAAAAUUAACUACGAGUUUAUUGUUCCUUAUGAUGCACUAGUGAUCAAAUUGCUAAAAGACGUUGAUAUUUCAAUAAGAACUAAAGCAUUAGAACUUUGCCCAAAUAUUGCAUCUACUAAAAACCUCCACAAUAUGGUAAAAAUGCUCAUAAAACAGUUCGUAGAUAUUGAUACUGUUCAAGUUAAUGAUCAAGGUAUUCAGAUUGAUAUUCCAAUUGAUUAUAAGAUUAAAGUUGCUAAAACCAUAAUUUCAAUUUGUUGCAUAAACAAUUAUGAAAACAUUUGUGGUGAUUUCGCCUGGUAUUUGAAAAUCUUAACAGAUUUAAGUGUUGUUUCUCAAGAUCUAAACGAUAGCGAACUCUCGGCACUUUUAGGUGAAAACUUUAGAAAUAUCAUGGUCAAAGUUCCAAGCAUGAGAGAUGAAACUUUAGAGAAGUUGACAGAAUUGUUGACAAAUGAUGACAUUGUCAUGAAACUUCCAGAUCUCUUAAGAGAGAUAAUCUGGUGCUUUGGGGAAUAUUCUGAACUUAUUGACAAUUGCGAUACACUAAUACAUUUACUUUUAUCGAAAGCUGAGGCUCACACUUACUCUGAUAAUGUCACACAAAUUUUAAUUCCAGCUUUGGUAAAACUAUUUACUACAUUUGCGAACAGUGAAUCAACCCCCAAGCCAAAGAUAUCAGAGGUUCUAGCCGAAAUUAUAAAAUUCUUGGAAAAUAAUUACACUUCUACUAAUUUUGAUAUUCAGGAAAGAAGUGUGGAGUUUUAUGAAAUACUAAAACUUUGCGAGGACGCACUAGAAAAUGAAGAUAACGAUAACCUACCUUUAUUGAUUACAGACGUUUUACCAAGUCUUUUCAAUCAUUAUGAGUUGGGCCCCCUCUUAUUAGGUCAACAACACCAAUUGGUUAAAUCGCUAACUGUAGACUUGACAACACCAUAUCUAACAUCAGAGGAACUUGACGAACUUUUAAAGGAAGAAGAUAACUAUGAUAAUGGAAAAGAUCUCUUUAGCGAUGAGGAAAGCAUACAUACGUUCAAAGAAGAUGAUCACUUUGAAAAUGAUGAAAACGAAUCUUUAUCAUCACUGGAUGCUAAUUCAAUUACAGAGGAAGAGUUAGCUGAAUUGAAAGAACGUAGAAGACAAGAACAGCUAGACAAUCCAUUUUAUCUUAACGAUAAUGAAAUUGACUCCCCAUCAGAUACGAAACUUAUUGAUUUAAGUGAUAAAGAAGAAUCUCAAGAAAAAUUGAAAGAUCCAAUAAUCAAAAUUUCCAGCAAGAAAAAACAGACAAGCAAAUUACCUUCAGUACAAGUUCUUUCGGAUAUUGUAGUCGCACCACAAUUUGAUAAUAAUGAUGAUAUCAAAAAGUCAAACACUCACCAGAAUCCAAAUGCCAUCAGACUCUCAACAUCUAAUAAAUUGAAGUCAUUCGAUUUCAACAAACCAAAUGAUCAUACUGACAAUGACGAAUAUACGAUCGAUCAAGAAGAGCUAGAACAGCUAAGAAAAAAACUUUCCAAGCAACAAUUGAACUCGUCUGUAGUCUCGGCUGAGAAUGAGCAAGAAGAGAUCGUUGUUAUUAAAAAGAAGAAGAAGAAGAGUAAGUCUAAAGAUUCAAAAGAAAAGAGUGAGAAGAAGAAGACGAAGAAGAAGAAGAAGAAAGAUGAUAUACCAGCAUAG